AUGGGCGGGACCCUCAGUAAGGAGGACGCCGGAAUUGUAAAUAUGUGGAAAGUAAUAUUGCAAAAGAGAAGACUUAAAGUAGAAGAGCUGAUGUUGCGGAAAAUGCUCUUAUGGGGCAAGCAACACGGAUAUAAAGCAGAUACGGCGACUGCAUUUAGUGUGCCUGUGUGGCAAGGACUCGGGGACAAGCUGUUUGACAGUGCGUCCCGAGGGUCUAAGGAGGCUGCCAGCCUCCUGAUGACGUGGUACCUGCUCCUUGAAACCGUCAAAGACAUUAAAGAACAAAGGGAUAGGAUGAAGGAGCCAGACGUCCCUAUCGCGGGGGGGGGGCAGUCCUCUCCCACAGAGGACGUGGGGUCUGUUGCCCAGUCCUCUGGCGAGCGCGCAGGGCGGCCAAAGCCACGGGGCCGACGAAAGAACCCUUUCGUUGAUGACUCUGAUGAUGAGCAGCCCUCAGGACACCCUCGGACUAUUAAAGAUAGAACUUAUAAGCGGCCCCAGGACUUGCUUCCUGGUAGUGACGUAUGCCCCGCUGAAACGGCGGAGGCGCCGGUUAACCCGUCCGCCCCCUCCGUGCCGCCUGAUUCAGAGGAUCGAGAAGGGAUGAAUAGCCCCCCACGGGCGCGGGGAGGGGAACAGGGGACCUCGUGCUUGUACCCCCCUCUGCCAGCCGAAACAUCAGAGGGUUGGGGUGAUCCCAUGGACAAUGAUAUGGGGGAUCCUGACCCUGGGGGGUCUGCGGGAACACCGAAGGAGGGACAGUCACAGGGAGGCUCGCGUUGCCGAGGACAGCCCUGGGUCCUCCCGCCGGCUCGAAUCACUGUCAGUCCCCACAACCCCCUGAAAUUCUGGCAGCAGGUGAAAGCUCGAGCUCUGCAAGAAGGAAAUUGGGACCUAUCCGAGCAAAUUAACGUUCCUGUAACAGCAGGCAACUCCGGUGAAACGAAUUUAAGGGGGACUGGGGCCAUGACUUUCCCCGUGGUACGGGGUGAUCCAGGACAAGGAAUUAUGGAUGAACAUAGACCACAUUCGUGGAAAGUUAUACAGGAUUUACACAAGGCAACUGCGCAAUAUGGUCCCAACUCCCCCGCAGUUAUGCAAUUAAUACGCCUAUUAACUAUGGAAGAAAUGACACCUUAUGAUAUUGCUCAAAUUGCUCAAAUUAUUUUCCAACCUGUGCAAUGUGCCGUUUUUCGUAGUAUCUGGACUCAGAGAGCAGAGGCGCAAGCAGUACACAAUUUGCAGCUUUCACAAACCGAUCCACGUUAUGGUAACAGAGCUGAUGUUCUGACUGGGACUGGUCAAUUUAAUAAUCCUCAACAUCAGGCUCAAUGGCAUUCACUUGUAUUGGAGCAAGUAAAGACUAUUGGUGUAGAAGCUUUGCUCCGAACGGCGGAGCUGGCAGAGCCUAAGGCAAGAUAUACCAUGAUUAAACAGGGGACUAAAGAGCCGUUUCUGUCAUUUGUAGAGAAAUUGAUGGGGGCUAUAGAGCGGCAGGUAUUUGAUGCACAUAUACGAGAAAUGCUGGUAAAACAGUUAGCCCGUGACAAUGCUAACACAGAUUGUCAAAAGGUGAUUGAGACGCUCCCUGGGGAUCCAACCCUAGAAGCUAUGAUUACGGCUUGCAGGAAGGUGGGCUCCGUUGAACACAAAAUGUCUGCAUUAGCUACAGCUAUGUCUGCAAUGCGUAUGUCUAAUCAGAAAUGUUACUGCUGCGGGCAGGCUGGACAUGUCAAGGCUAACUGUCCCGCUAAAAAUAGAAAAGGAGGAGCCGGGCAGGCGGCCGUGGAAGCAGCUACAUGUCUUAAGCGCAGAAAGCUGGGACACUUUGCAAAGCAAUGUAAAUCUAAAUUUCAUGCUAACGGUCAACCCCUCCAGCUGGGAAACGGGAGAAAGAGCGCGAAGGGGCGCGUGCAGACACAAAUGCCCUACCACUCCAGCAACCCCUUUCUGGUACAACAGCCAGCGCAGACACCAGAAGCCUUUGUGACAAGUUACGGGGACAAACCCAAGGAGCAGCCAGGAUGGAUGUAUGCACCGCCCACACAGUAA